AUGUCGAUCACGCGCGUCGCGAUGUCUCGCGUCGCGGCGGUGACGCGCGAGGCGCCCCCGCGCGCCGACGCCGACGCCGAUCGUUCUCGUCCUCGACGUCGGGUUCGAACGUCAUCGCGGGCCGCGGGGUCGUCGACGCGAUGGCGAAGAGUGCUGUCCACGACGUCGGCGCUCGCGCUGCUCUUCGCCGUCGCGGCGCGUGCGCAAGCCGUUCGAUGGCCGGUGACGAAGGACUCGACGGUUCGUCGCGUCACGGUGUCGAACGACGACGGCGACGUCCAUCUCGAGAGCUCGGGCGCGGGCUCUGAAAUCGUCCUAAAGUCUCAAAAGGUUCGCGUGGACGGCGACGUGUACUGCUACGACGGCGACGUCGGGAUCUCGCAGCGCGUCGACGGGUUGGCGGUGAAAGACACCGCGUUAAGUGAACGCAUCGACGCGCUCAACGCCACGGACGAUGGAUUGAAGAAGACAGACAUUACAUUGACUGGACGCAUCGAUGAUCUCAACGCCACGGACGUCGAGUUGAAGAAGACAGACAUUACAUUGAGUGGACGCAUCGAUGAUCUCAACGCCACGGACGCCGAGUUGAAGAAGACAGACACCGUGUUAAGCGAACGCAUCGAUGAUCUCAACGCGACGGCUUCGGCGUUGACGCCCCCGAAGUGCAUGCCCCCGGGCGGGGAUAAGUUGCGCUUCGACGGCACCAACUGGCUCUGCGUGUGCGUGGACAACUGGUCCGGGACGACGUGCGAGACGCCGCCGAGCCCGCCGCCGAGCCCGAGUCCGCCGCCGCCGUACGUGACGCCGCCGCCGGCGCCGCCGAACCCGCCGCCGAGUCCGCCGCCCGAUCCGGCGUCGCCCAACGAGCUUUUACGUCUCGCCGUCGAGGCGUGCAUCGCGAGGAGCAGCUCCGGCGCGUGUACGUGCACGUACAACGAUCCGUGUGGCUACGUCACCGACGGACGCAACAUAUCGGAUUUCGACACGUCAUACGUCACGGACAUGCGUGAACUCUUCAAGGACAAGGAGGGUUUCAAUCAAGAUCUCUCGAGAUGGAACACGUCCGCGGUGACGAGCAUGGCGGGAAUGUUUUACAACGCGAGGGCCUUCAAUGGAGCGAUCGGGUCGUGGGACGUUUCGAGCGUGACGGACAUGUCUAACAUGUUUUACGAUUAUUAUUCUUGGGACAGUAGAUUCAAUCAACCGAUCGGGUCGUGGGACGUUUCGAACGUGAAGGACAUGUCUUACAUGUUCCGCGGCGCGUACUCGUUCAACCAAGACUUGAACAACUGGAACGUGAGCGCGGUGACGAACUUCGCGUACAUGUUUCGUUACGCUCGCCAGUUCAACGGUGAUAUCACGAGUUGGGACGUCCGGGGAACGGCGACGCGAACAUGCGAUGAGUGGGGCAAUUGCUACAGCUCGUCUUCAAUGUCCGAAAUGUUCGCGUACGCGUAUGCGUUUAACCGUGACAUUCGAUCUUGGGACGUAUCCUCCGACGUGUACACGUAUGCGAUGUUUCGCGAUACGCGUUUCGUGCAGAGUUUCAAGUGUCCGAACGACCGGGACGGCCCGCCGUCGGCGUGUUACGUCACGCCGUUCUCCUCCUCCGUCGCCCUGGAGCAAGCCGUGGACGCGUGCUUCGAAGAGGCGUUCGACGGAUCUUGUCAAUGUCUGGACAAGUGCGGCGAGGCGGGACUGCCAAUCUCGUCGUGGAACACCACGGGCUUGCUCAACAUGCACGAUUUGUUCGCCGAUCGCGAGUUCUUCAACGAAGACUUGAGCAAAUGGGACACCUCGCGAGCGAUUCGCAUGGACGACAUGUUUCGAAACGCCAAGGCGUUCAAUCGCGACAUCUCCUCCUGGGUCGUCGAUAACGUCCGCGACAUGUCCAACAUGUUCAACGGCGCGACGACGUUUAGUCGUAACCUCACGAGUUGGCGCAUCGCGAGCGGGGCAAAUCUCACCGACAUGUUCAAGGGCGCGACGGCGCACAACGCGCGAUUUACGUGUGACGACGCGGACGACGGUCCGCCGAGCUCGUGCGCGGCGACGGCGUACCCAUCCAGUCUGGCGCAUCGUUUCGACUUUUCCGAAACGGUGGAAACGUCGGGCGACGUCGUGACCUCAUUCGCGGACGCGACGGGCAAAGCGACGGACGUACAAGUCGUCGGGUCACCGACGUACGCGCGACACGUCCAGGCUGGAUUGAACGCCAUCAACUUCACCGCGAAUGGGCAGUACCUGCAGUUUACCGCCGACGGAGGCUCGGAACCCGAGGUUUUCAUCGUCUAUCGCGUCUUGGCGUACGCAGAGCUAGGUGUGAUCUUCACCCACGCGACAGGCUCGACUGGGAGCUAUGGUUUUGGGACGUCUCAGAUGGGCGCGGCGAAUAAGAUUGGUCUCAGCGCGUCGGACGGCUCGGCUUUCGCGAGCGUCAACGCGUCGUACGACGCGUGGCACGUCGCCGACGUGUACUUUGGCUCGAGCGACGGUUUCGUCGACGUCGACAACGGCACGAGUGCGGUGGAUUUCCAAACGAGCGGCAAGUACACGGCGAAUUCGUUGACGAAUGUCAUGCUUGGCGGCGCCGCUUUCGACGGUCACCACGUCCCGAAUCUCAUCGGCGAAGUUUUGGUUUUCAACGCCAAAUUAUCCGACGCCGACCGCGCGCGCGUGCGCGCGGCGCUCAUGUCCAAGUGGGACGUCCCCACACCCGAUCGACGAUGGCGGUACGUCCAAAAGGCGAAGAUGACGGCGUCCGAUCCUGGCUCGAGCGAUUAUUUUGGCCAAUCCGUGAGCGUGUCGGGCGACACCAUCGUCAUCGGGGCGCACGAAGAUGACGACAACGGUCAAUCCAACAGCGGUAGCGCGUACGUGUUCACGCGUUCCGGAACCACGUGGACGCGCACGAACAAGCUCUCGGCUGCUUCAGACGCAGGAUCGAACGAUUACUUCGGCUCCGCCGUCGGUAUCUCUGACGGAACGAUCGUCGUCGGCGCGUACGCGAAGGAUCGAAAUAGCACGACGGCAGACGCGGGUGCGGCGUACGCGUUCGCGCUCUCGUCAUCCUGA